AUGUCUGAUCUAGCUUCUACCCCUUACUUGGAUGUAAGUGGAUGCAGAGUAUCAGAUGUUGCUUUCGCAGCCGGUUCAGAUAUUAAGACGAGCCCAGAACCCUGCUCCAAAGUCAUCUGUGAUGCGUAUGCAGCCGUCAGAACUGUCAGUACAUGUGGACCCAAGGAGGUUUGCCAGGGCAACAACACGUGUGUACCCAUUUUCGUGUGCACUGUGACUGGCUCCACCGUCAUUGAUUUCCACGACAGAGUCCACUCUGUCCAGGAUCGGUGUGAGUACAGUCUGAUGAUGUCUAAUUCAAGUUUCUCCCUCACGGCGGGUUUCCGGGAGCAACGCCGUAAAGAUGUGUCAUUUUUGGACCACUUGAUAAUCUCGCUGCGAGGGCCACGUGUAAGAAUGUAUCUGGAACAAGGUGGAAGAGUUCGGGUUGAUAACAAAGCUCUGAUGCUCAACGCCACGGCUCAGCUGUUUCACGGUGUGGAGCUCUCCAAGGACCACACUGGAGUUACUGCCAAGCUGCCUUUCUCCAACAUGACAGUCUUCUUUGAUGGCAACACCGCACAUGUGUCCGGACCUGUUGAACCUAUAGGGGGCUUGUGUGGCAACCCCAUUAAUCCCAACAUCACCACCACCCUGCCUAGAGAGAAGAGCUCUUACAGUGCUGUUGGCUGUGAGAUUCAGCACAACGACACCGUCAACAGUACGAUCGACUGCAACCGCUCAACUGAACACUGUAAUCUCACGAGGCAGGCACCCUUCGCUGCUUGUCACGACAGCAUUGACCCAGAGCCGUACAUAACCGCCUGCACCAACACUUUGUGCAAUUACCCGUCGGUGGACGGUCUCAACUGCCAGUUUUUGGAGGCUUACGCCAAGGCCUGCAGCCUGAGAGGAGUCGGCAUACUGGAGGACUGGAGGUCAACGGCCGGCUGCCCUCCUGACCCUAAGGCCUGUCAGGACCAGUACUGCAGCGAUCAUGAGUUCUGCGGAGAGAAGCCCGGUGGAACUCGCUGCUUCUGUCGGGCCCUGUUUGCCUCCAAGUACAAAGCAAGAAACACUUUAGGUGAGCCGACAGUCUGCACGCAGAGCUCUGCCACUAUUACUCUGGCUGGAUGUCUGAUGGAGGACAAAGCCAUCGACUACUCCGUCUUACAACUCAAUGACCCCAACUGCAAAGGUCACAUGGACGACCAGACCCACAUGGUGACUUUCAGCUACAACAGCAGCAACAUCUGUGGGACGGAGGUUACGACAAACAACAGCCAAAUCAUGUACAAGAACAGCAUCGUGACGAGGAACAGCUCCAUGAACGGCUCCAUGAACAGCGUCAUCACCCGCAACGACCAAGUAAAGAUCGACUUUUCCUGCUUCUACACAAAGCCAGAAAUCAAGAGUGUGUCCUUCAGGAUCAAAGACAGCUCUGUGGUGCAGAAGAUUGUAUCUGGAGUUUGGAAUUACACUCUGAUGAUGAACGCCUACACCGACCCCGGCCGCAUGCAGCUUGUCGGGCCGAGCACCGAGAUCCAGCUGAACCAGAAGAUCUGGCUGGAGCUGAAGACGGAGGGGCUGGACGGCAACAUGGCUGCCAUAGUGACCGACUCCUGCUGGGCAACCAGCCAGCCGUCACCUAAUAGUAGUCUGCGAUACGACCUCGUCAUUAAAGGAUGCCCGAACCCCGCUGACCAGACGGUGACCAUGGAGGGAAACGGACAGGGAACGUCCAACGUCUUCUCUUUCAACGUGUUCCAGUUCUCUGGGGAAACUAGUGACCUCUAUCUGCACUGCCAGGUGGAGCUGUGCCCCACACAGGGUCAAUCCUGUGCUCCGUCCUGCGGCGGAGGUGCUGUCAGGAAGCGCAGAUCUUACAGGUCUAAAUAUGCAGAUGGAAACCCAGCCCUCAUCACUAUGGCCUGGAGUAAUUAGGUAGAGAAAGCUCCCCUUUAGAUUGAUUACAUGGUGAUUCCUGAUUUAAGCUUCGUCCCGACAAGGAGCCUGAAAUCUCGCUGCUUUUGAAAGAAUGUUUGACGUUAUCGUUGCUGUGAAGCAAUGCUGGCAGAUAUCAUCUUCAUUUGAUCCACCUGAGAUGAUGGCAUAUAUUAUUCCUGCAGAACCUGUGGGGUGUUGAUUCAAUCCAAUGGUUCAUGCAAAUUUUAUUUCGGUGAAUUAAUAGAAGUGAAGUGUGCAAUGAAGAAUCAAAGAAGGGUUCAGGGUUUUAUUUACUGAAUGCAUUACUUCCUAGGGCUGUGGGUUCUUUUAAAAUAUAUAUCAUUUAUUCUUUAACAUAAGGUUAACUGACUACUUUGAGCCUAAAUGCUACCUAGUGAACGCAGAAACUGAAUUUCUGUGUUCUUGUGACAUGAAGUUAAAAACGUUGAUCAGGCUCAGCUGAAAGAAGCUUCGCAGCAAGAAGGUUUUGAGAUCCAGCAGAAGGAAAAUACUGAUGUGAAACAUUGAAAUGGUGAUUAUCAGAUUGAAGUUACUACAAAUGAAGAUUGUCAGUUAGAAUUGAGGCUGUUAUUACACUGAGGCAUGCUGUUGUACCAUUAUUGUGUUAUUAUUACUACUACUAUUACUAUUACUAUUACUAAGCAAAAUAAAACCCCAAAAAAUAUAAUAAAGGGA